AUGGGGCUGGAGCUGUACCUGGAUUUGCUCUCCCAGCCCUGCCGAUGCGUCUACAUGUUCGCCAAAAAAAACAACAUCUCCUUCGACUUCAAGCCCGUGGAGCUGCUCAAAGGGCUCAACAUUCAAGAAUUUAGCAACAUAAACUCCCUGAAGAAAGUACCUAUGCUGAAGGAUGGAAGCUUCACCUUAGGAGAGAGCACUGCGAUUCUUCUGUACCUGAGCCGGAAGUACAACUUGCAUCCAAGAGUUUUAAAAGAGUUGGCUGAGGAGCUCUCUGGACCAUUGAUGUUGCUUUUCAAUAGGUCUUGGAGUACUGGGGAAGUGCCAGAAGACUGGAAGAUAGCUAAUGUGCCAGUUUCUAAAAAAGGUGGUCUGGUGGAGAACAGCAAGAUCAUGCAGGAAGGCCAAGAGUCUUUGGGAAAUUUGGUGGUGAUUCCCCUCUUCACAGAAAAGCCAAUACCUUUACAGAAGCUGCAGAAGGCUUUGGAUGAGCUGAAUAAUUCCCUGAAAAAGUUCACAGAGAAGUUCCUGCAGGACAAGCCCUUCAUUGUGGGCAGUGAGAUUUCUCUGGCAGACCUGGUGGCUAUCAUAGAGCCCAUGCAGCCCGUAGGUGCUGGUUGCAACAACUUUGAGGGCUGGCCCAAACUGCUGGCAUGGGGUAGCCAGGUGGAGGAAGCUGUGGGGAAGGAGCUCUUCCAAGAAGUGCAUGAACGGAUCCUGAAUGCCCAGGAUUUGAGGAACGUCCAGAUUGACCCACAGAUGAAGAAGGAAAUGAAACCCCUGCUGCUGAAGAUGCUGAAGUAGGAGGAAAUGUGAAGUAUUCCCUCACUGCUAGACUUUUCUGAAUGUAUUUCUAAAUCCAACCCCCAAAUUCCCCUGUUAUGUGCAGUUACCCUGUGCCAAGAAGAAAGAACUUUCCACAGGUUUCACUUGAGUAGUGGAACUUUUCCACAUGUUCUGUCUUUAUCCUCUAACAGUGAACCACUGAAGGGCACUUUAAAAUUAGACCUUUUUUUCCCUUAACCAUUGCCUUUUUGUCGCUUGAAGGAGACAGUGUGUGGUCCCCAGAAAAUUCACCUAUUACUAUCUCUCACAGGGCUUCCUCGUCGCAGUCCUCUUAAAUAUCCUCAUGCUGACUCUCAGCUUCUCUGCUCCUUGACAAUUUUGAAAAACUCAAAAAGAAUGCAGACUUCUAGCAGAGAGUCUUCAACCCCCUUCCGCACACAUACUCUGGAUUUCUCUCUGUGAAAUCUUACUAAUCUCUGGGACAUUUUAGCUUCUUUGGGCAGCACACGUUCUUAUUUUCCUCUCCUCAUCCUGUAAUUGCCAAUGCCACUCUUCACAGAGGAGUGACUCAUUCCUUGGGGAAUUUUCUGUUCUAACCUCCUGUGCCCCAUCUAUCCAGGAUUUUGUGCUCUUAAAAUAUUGCUAGAAAUAAUGAUGCCAUUGGAUACCCAAAGCAGUGCACUUUCUGUGCAGUUGCAUGCCCAGAAUACCAGCCAUCAGCUGUCUUCUAUCACAUGAAGUCCCAGAGCUUUUGUGCAAGUCUUGGAAAUGCACUGCCUGAUAUGCUGUUACUGUUAUAAAAUAGAAAUUAAAAAUAGAAACAAGCAUUUACUGUAGCUUAUUCACACGGAUAUAACAGUCUUUCAGCCAGACAGGUAACACUGGCAUUCACUGUAAUGUCACUGCUUGUGCUUCCUAGACAGCUCAGCGCAGGAGUUGUGUAUUUUAUGUACUGAUAUUUUCUGAAUCUGUUUAGACUAUAUCAGACAUUUACCUCUGAGAUUCAUCAGCUGCCAGUGUGCCUCUUCAGAAUAUUGCAAAGUAUAUGUUCAAAAUAAAA